CUCACAGGCAGCAACAGCCAACCCGAGCAAGAUGAGGACCACUGCUGUGGCGUACCUGCUUUGCGCGCUCCUGGCGUCAGCCUGGGCUGGCGAAGUCUCCAAGGCUGCUUCUGAAGCGGCCACAACGGACAAUGGCGCCAAGAAACAGGACAAGCGCGGUAUUCUCACUGGCGAGCACAGCAUCGGCGGCGGAGGUGGACUCAUCGGAGGCGGAGGUGGUCUCAUCGGAGGCGGAGGCGGACUGAUCGGUGGUGGAUCUGGCUACUACGGUGGCGGAUCUGGCUACUACGGCGGCGGGUCCGGCUACUACGGCGGCGGGUCCGGCUACAUCGGGGGCGGAAGUAGCCUCGUAGGAGGCGGCGGCGGACUCAUCGGGGGCGGAAGUGGCCUCGUAGGAGGCGGCGGUGGACUCAUCGGAGGCGGAAGCGGACUCAUCGGUGGCGGAUCUGGCUACUACGGUGGCGGAUCUGGCUACUACGGCGGCGGUGGCGCCAUUGGCGGAUUCGGAGGUGGCGGUGCCGGACUCGGAGGAGCCGGAAUCGGUCUCGCUGAUGGCGGAGCCGGACUGGGAGGCGCAGGGAUCGGCCUAGGUGGAGGACUCGGCGGCGGUGCCGGCUUCGGUGGCGGCGCAGGCUUCGGCGGUGGUGCCGGCUUUGGCGGUGUCGCCGUCGCUGCCCCGCAGACCCAGACAGUGGUUCAGACUGUGAGGGUGCCCGUCCCACAACCUGUCCCCGUGCCAGUCAACCGCCCCGUCCCCGUUCCCCAGCCCGUCCCCGUCCCCGUGAGCCGUCCCGUGCCCGUACCGCAGCCGUACCCCGUCAGGGUGCCCCACCCGGUCCCCGUAUCCGUGCCCCGCCCCUACCCCGUCGCCGUACCCCGACCCGUGCCCGUCCCGAUUGCUAGGCCCGUACCGGUCCCCGUGCCCCAGCCGUACCCCGUCCGCGUGCCCCAGCCUGUACCUGUCGGAGUUCCCCAGCCCUACCCUGUCCGCGUUCCUGUACCUCACCCUGUUCCAGUGCCAGUCUCCACCGGCGUCUCCUCAGUUGGCGUCGGAGGCGGUCUCGCCACUGGAGGUCUCGGCGGCAUCGGAGGCGGUCUGGGAGGCGGUCUGGGAGGCGGUCUGGGAGGCGGUCUGGGAGGCGGUCUGGGAGGUCUGGGAGGCCUGGGCGGUGGAGUCUACAGCGCCGGUGGCCUCGGAGGGGGCGCCUACUCUUCCGGAUUGGCCGGAGGUGCCGGAGGCAUCAUCUCGUCCGGCUCUCUGGGCACGGGACUGUUGAGUGGUGGCUACGCUGGUUCCUACGGAUACGGCGGCGGUUCCUACUCGACUGGAGGCAUCGGCUACGGUGGCAGUUCCUACUCCACCGGAGGUCUCAUCUCCGGCGGCUCCAGCGGUCCGCUGAAGGGCGUCUACGUGCCCAGCUCUGCUGGUGGGCUGAAUGGUGGCAGCGUCUACUCUGGCAGCCUGGGAGGUGGAGCCAGCAGCUACAGCAACAGCUACAGUGGCGGCUAUGGAGGCGGCUAUGGAGGUGGCUACAAGAGCCACUACAAGCACUGAAGUCGUCUCUCCGUAGCGCCAUCGAAACGAUUUCCGUCCCUCACACGUUCCACCACCGUGGCUCAUUAAGAUGGGAACGAUUCGAUGGCCAAACCACGAUGACUAUUCAACCUCGCUGAAUCCGAAUGGUGCUCUAUAUAUGGACUGAAACAAAACACCACGAUGUUGCAAGAGAGUAAUCAUCAAGUAUGUGCCAUCGCAGCUCACUGUCUUCACUUGUACUUGACCGCCUGAGGAUUUCAAAAAGGGCUCUUGGCAGCGUUGAGACAACCGCAUAUUCCAGAUCUUAACAGCGAAGAUGGGAAAGUUGUACCAAUCUCGUCAACAGCCCAGGGGCGGAGUGCGGUAUUAAGUGCCGUGGAGCUCAGUAGCAGCUGCAGAAUUUCUUGGCGUCUUGUCUCAUUCCAUCUUUCAGAUUCGCAAUGCAACACAAAUUGCAUUCGAUGUCGAUCUCUACCAUUACACAUAUCUUCUUUCUUUUUUGACGAAUCAUUUUUAUAUUCUCUUUUUGUACUUUUAUAAUACUUGAUUCGUGAAAAGGUGUAUUCUAUACUUUUGUAAUAAAGUGGUUGUAUCAAA